GGCGAGCAGAGCGCAGGGCGCAGGGGUGGACCCGGCGCCGAUUGAGCCCAGCCGGAGCGUCCUUUGUGCCGGUCGACCGCCCCGGGAUGCGUUGGAGCUAGGAGCCAGGUCCAGGAUGGGGGCCUUGCCUGUCUGGGUCUCAGGCCUCCUGACUCUCCAGAUGCUUCUCUUUGUGGCUGGGGAGCAGGGCCCACAGCACACCACCACAGCUGCAGCCACUGCUGAGAAGGGGCUCCACAUGCAGAAAGUGGGGUCUGGGUCAGUCCGGGCUGCACUGGCGGAGUUGGUGGCCCUGCCCUGUCUCUUUAGCCUGCGGCCACGGCCAGGUGCAACUCGAGAAGCCCCACGGAUCAAGUGGACCAAAGUGCGGACUGCAUCAGGCCAGCGGCAGGACUUGCCCAUCCUGGUGGCCAAGGACAACGUGGUCCGAGUCGCCAAGGGCUGGCAGGGACGUGUGUCACUUCCCGCCUACCCCCGGCACCGGGCCAACGCCACGUUGCUGCUGGGACCACUGAGGGCCAGCGACUCCGGGCUCUACCGCUGCCAGGUGGUGAGGGGCAUCGAGGAUGAGCAGGACCUGGUGCCCCUGGAGGUGACGGGUGUUGUGUUCCACUACCGAGCAGCCCUGGAUCGCUACUCUCUGACCUUUGCUGAGGCUCAGGAGGCCUGUCGUCUCAACUCAGCCACCAUUGCAGCCCCGCGGCACCUGCAGGCUGCCUUUGAGGACGGCUUUGACAACUGCGAUGCCGGGUGGCUCUCUGACCGCACUGUUCGAUAUCCUAUCACCCAGUCCCGUCCUGGUUGCUAUGGUGACCGUAGCAGCCUUCCGGGGGUGAGGAACUAUGGGAGGCGAGACCCACGGGAACUCUACGAUGUGUAUUGCUUUGCCCGUGAGCUGGGGGGCGAGGUCUUCUACGUAGGCCUGGCCCGCCGCCUGACACUGGCCGGCGCGCGUGCCCAGUGCCGACGCCAGGGCGCCGUGCUGGCCUCGGUAGGACAGCUGCACCUGGCCUGGCAUGAGGGACUGGACCAGUGCGACCCGGGCUGGCUGGCCGACGGCAGCGUGCGCUACCCGAUCCAGACGCCGCGUCGGCGCUGCGGCGGCCCAGCCCCUGGCGUGCGCACCGUAUACCGCUUUGCCAACCGCACCGGCUUCCCGGCACCUGGGGAGCGCUUCGAUGCCUACUGCUUCAGAGCUCAUCACCCCACAUCCCAACAUGGAGACCCAGAGACCCCCUCAUCUGGAGAUGAGGGGGAGAUUCUGUCGGCAGAAGGGCCCCCUGCUGGGGAACUGGAGCCCAGUCUGCAGGAGGAGGAGGAGGUAGUCACCCCAGAUGUACAGGAGCCUCUCGUGUCUAGUGGGGAAGAAGAGUCUCUGAUCUUGGCAGAGAAGCAGGAGUCUCAAGCGACCCCCAGCCGUGCCCCUGGGGUCCCCACAUUAGCCUCAAGUCCUGCCCUGGAGGCUGAGGAGGUGUGGCUGAGCACGGUGGCCCCCAGCCACAGCAGCGUGGAGGCAGGCACUGUUGUGGGCACACACACAGACACAGCCCCGGCCAGCACCACGCCCAGAAAGAGGGAGCGCUUUAAAGGGUUGAACGGGCGCCACUUCCAGCAACAGGAACCCCAGCAAGGGCUGAAGGGGGCACUCGAGGCCAGCGUCCAGCCCCCCACCCCAGAGGCUGCUGGGAAUUAUGUGGAGCCUCCCAUGACCACUGGAGCCACAGACGCCUUGGGGAGCGGCCAGAGCCAAAGCCCCUGGGCUGUGCUGACAAAUGAGGUGGAAAUGCCCAGAGCUGGUUCCCUUGGUGGCAGGAGCCCCCAAGAGCCCUGGCUGUGGCCCCCAACCGUGGUCCCACCCAUCAUCCCAGACCCCAGCAGAGCCCUUGGCCUGGAACUAGAAGAAGCCAGGCACUUUAGUAUGAGACCAGUCACUUCUGACCUGCCCUGGUCCCCCUCGGAGACCGCUCCCAACCCAUCCAGUGGCCCCAGCCCUGCCCCCUGGGAGGCUUCUCCCGCGCUCAUUUCUCCAGACCUCCCUGUCAUGGCCAUGCUUCGUGCCCCCAAACUGUGGCUCCUAUCACAGGCGCCUCCUACACCCCUCCCCACUGAGGCCAGUGGGGUCAAGGGGCAGAGUGAGGCCUUGGCCACUGCCCCGCCCUCCUCUGCUUCCGAAAUCGAAGCCAGCCUGCAGGAUCCCAUCCAUCCGGAAGUGUACUCCCUGCCCUCCUCCUUGGGCCUUGCAGGACAAGACAGAGGGUCCACAUCCCUGUCACUCAGCAGCCACAGAGGAGGAAGUCCUCCGGCCCCUUCACAGGCAGCCACAGACACACAAGCUGGAGCCAGUCCCAGCUCCCCUGGAACAGACUUUGGAAACACUAUGGGGGCCAGCCCUACUGAGCACAGCCAAGCUGAGCACCCCGGAUCCAGCCCACAGGCCUCUGUGGACGGGAGUGUGGUGGCAGAUGUCAUUAUUUCUGAGACUGCCACUGAGCCCAUGGGAGCCAGAGGCGUCUCAGAGUCUGAGCCUGAGGUCUUCAACACAGCAGAGAGUCCUACUUCCAGCUUGCAGGCCUCCAUUGUCAAGACGCAGGGAAUAUGGGCCUCGCUGCACAAGGAAGGGCUGGACCCUCACUCCCCAUCUGCACCCUUGGGGGUCCCUGAAGUCUCCUUGAUGCCGAAGGUCACCCCACGUUUGGGGCCUUGGGCUGCUACCGAUGGAGGAGUCACAGUGGAUCCUAUGGACCCCACAGUCACGCUGGGCACCAGCGACGCUGGUGGGCAUUGGGAACCUGGAUCCCACAUGGUGGAGGGAGCAGAAAGCCCCACCUUGAGCCCUCAGAUGGCUGUGGAUGCAAGUGUGGUGACACCCCUCACGUCCUUGGACCUGGGGGACAAGGUCGGGGUCCUGGCCGUGUUCACAGUGGCCUCCUCAAGCUCCCAGCCCCACCCAGAGCCAAAGGGCCAGCUGGUGACCCAGGGAACCCUGGGAGCCUUGGAGCCUCCACAGGAGGGCAGCCGCUCAGGGGACCCCAUUCUUCCUCCUUGGACGCCGACAGCAGCCAACAAGGACGAGCCCAUUUCAGUUUCCUCUGGGGAGCCUACAGUGCCAUGGGACUCCCCCAGCACCCUCCUGCCUGCCUCCCUGGGCCCAGAGGAAUUUGAGCUGGAGGUCCUGAUGGGGAGCCCAGGUGUGGAGAGCUUCUGGGAGGAGGCAGCAAGUGGAGAGGAGCCCGCCCUGCCAGGGACUCCUGCAAAUGGGAGUGUGGAGGAGGUCCCCUUGGAUCCCUGUGAGAACAACCCUUGCCUGCAUGGGGGCACCUGUAGAGCCAAUGGCACCAUGUACGGCUGCAGCUGUGACCAGGGGUUCGCUGGAGAGAACUGUGAGAUCGACAUUGACGAUUGCAUCUCCAGCCCCUGUGAGAACGGUGGCACCUGCAUCGACGAGGUCAACGCCUUCAUCUGCCUUUGCCUCCCCAGCUAUGGGGGAAGCCUCUGCGAGAAAGAUACAGAGGGCUGUGACCACGGCUGGCACAAGUUUCUGGGCCACUGCUACCGCUACUUUGCGCACCGGCGGGCAUGGGAGGACGCCGAAAGGGACUGCCGCCGCCGAGCCGGCCACCUAACCAGCAUCCACUCACCAGAAGAGCACAGCUUCAUUAACAGUUUUGGGCGUGAAAACACAUGGAUCGGCUUGAAUGACAGGAUCGUGGAAAGGGAUUUCCAGUGGACGGACAACACGGGGCUGCAAUUUGAGAACUGGCGGGAAAAUCAGCCGGACAAUUUCUUCGCGGGUGGGGAGGACUGCGUGGUGAUGGUUGCACACGAGAGCGGGCGCUGGAACGACGUUCCCUGCAACUACAACCUUCCCUAUGUCUGUAAGAAGGGCACAGUGCUGUGUGGUCCCCCUCCAGCAGUGGAGAACGCCUCGCCCAUUGGCGCCCGCAAAGCCAAGUAUAACGUCCAUGCCACAGUGCGCUACCAGUGUGACGAAGGAUUUGCCCAGCACCAUGUGGCCGUCAUCCGGUGCCGGAGCAAUGGCAAAUGGGACCGACCCCAAAUCGUCUGCACCAAACCCAGACGGUCCCAUAGGAUGCGGCGACACCACCAUCACCACCAGCAUCACCACCAGCAUCGCCACCACAAAUCUCGCAAGGAGCGCAGAAAACACAAGAAGCACCCAGCAGAGGACUGGGAGAAGGAAGAAGGGAAUUUCUGUUGAAGAACCAGGCAUAAGAAAGCACAACCUCCUUCCCACACCUCCCUUGGAGCCUUCACCUGGGGAGACAGAGCCCAGAGAGAAACAAGAGGGUCCGGAAGCCCCUGAGCCCCAAACCACAUCCCCCCACCAUCCAUUCCCACUUGUAAAAAGCUCCUCUCUCCUUCUUCUCACAUACACAAGGUCCUCUUGGCAGGUGCAGCCAUGUGUCUGGAAAGUCAGUUCUAGUGAGGCUGACCUCUCGGAGCAUCUCCCAGUGGAGGGAAGCACAAUUGGCAGAGAUCAUUCUUUGCAGGGGUUUAGUCUUUUGCUGGCAAGGCUCAUUGCCAGUUGUGAAAAUAAGGCUUUGAUAAGGGUGCAAGAAUGUGUGGUUGGAUUUGCACUAAGGAAUUGCUUUGACUGCCUGAAUUCCAGAUUAGUUAACUGUCAGAUGUCCUGGGCGCAGGCUGAAGCCUUUAGUGGAGGUCAUUGGCUUUGGGAGUAGAAUAUUACAUGGAAGCACACAGCUUGAACUUGAUGACUGCUCUUCCUUCAACGUGGACUUCUGCCCAAGCUUGGUCCUUAGUCUUGGUGGAUAAACGGAGUGUGGAAUUCCUAUGUGCUGAAUUUUGGGAAUGUUUUUUUUGAACAACAUCCUUCCAGGGUUAGGGGUCAGAAUAGUCAGAGAAAUUUGUGGACAGGGAAGGGCAUUUGUGUUGCUGGCUUUCCCAGGUCUAGUCCAGUGCUGAGAUUUGGUGGUUUUCCAUGUGUGGUGAAUUUUAUGCACACCCAAACGCACACACACAGAUGAGAGGACGUUUAGGGCUUGGCAAGCCCAGGUUUCUUCCCCCUCCAUCUCUCAGGGAGACAAAGAACCUCCUUUGUGGACCAAGGAGGUGCCACGUUUUCUAGCUCAGUGCCCAUAUCCAUCCCUCAAGCAGACCUUGGUGGUGCUCCUGCCCUGGGUCCCAUCCCUCCCCUCAGCCCAUUCAUUGCCUGGUGGACUAGAAAUGCCUAACCCUUGAAGUAGUAACAUCUGCCUAUGGUAGUGUAGAGAGUUGUGCUGUGUUAGAACCGAAAUAUACACACACACAUUUGUCUUUUAGUCUUUUAGUUUUUUAAGCGAUAAAGAAAUCACCUUGCCUUCCUCCCCAGAAUCUACAGUGUGUAAAACGUCUCCCCAAGCCAGAUCUCUGGAUCAGCGUCCUGGUCUCUGGCAAGGAAAGAUCCAUCGUUUUUCCUCCAUGUCCUUUGUCCACUCUCAGCCUCUCUAGUUUGGGUAACAUCUGUGGAUUAGUGUUAAAAGCCACAGUGGAGCAUGGCCCUGUGAAGGAAAGAAAAAUAAGCAAAUAUAUGGUCCAUGGAAGGGUUCAGUAGAGGAAGAAGUGGAUUGACUGAGCCUGUAUCCCUCCAGGGAAGUCAUAAUCAUAGAUGACAGCUAUGGACUAGGUACCAAGCUAAGGGCUCACACACUGCCUCCUUGAAUCUUCUCAACAGCCCAGUGACAUAGGAACCAUUAUUUUCCCAUUUUACACAAGACAAAACUGAGGCUCAGAUAAGCAAAAGGCACUGGCUUGCAAGACGAAUAAGGAUUUGGCCCUGCCUCUGGCUGCUUCCAAACCCUGCUCUCUAUUGUGGGGAAAGGAGUUGAAACUUAAUUAUGCUCAACACACAGGAAGAUUUAGGAAAAGAUUGAGAAGUCCAAACUAGACCCACAUCCUUGACCAUGAUCUUUAGUCUUCCCUGCCGUAGACAUUAUCCACUAUCCCACCUUACGCUUAUUGUUGAGAAAGCCCAGGAAUAUAGGUUUGCCUUCUAGCUUUGAUAAUUCCUCUUGGUUUAAAAAACAUAAUAACACAUCUCAGUCGUCCAUGUCACAAAAGAAUCUCCCUUUGUUUGGAGUGGUGGGGGACUCUAGAGGUGCAACCUUUUUGAGGGGUCUUGGUUUAUGCUCCUUGCCCUUGGCCCCUUCCACCCCUUGCCCUGCCCACACCCCAGCUCCACGGCAGGAGGGGGCUUCGAUCUUUUCUAAAGUGGGUGGUUUGUCUUUUGGUCUUCCCCUUUGAGGUGUGCAUGUGUGUGCGUGUGCCGCGUGUGUGGCAUGCGUGUGAGUGUGUGUGCGCGUGAACAGCUUUGGGUUCCGUUGGUUUUGCUGUCAGCUGCAGUGUUCCGUGGGUCUGUGGUAUCUGACACUGUGGACAUUAAUGUACUUCUUGGACAUUUUAAUAAAAUUUUUUAACAGUUCAA